AUGGAGAACCCACCACCCCAAGAGCGGACCGGUUCGAAGAGCUGUGCCGAAUGUUCUCUUCGAAAAGUGAGGUGUCUGUUCGACGGCGACAAGGCUGAGUGUCAGGAGUGCAGCAAACACUCCCUCACCUGCCAGCCGCAGAACGACGACUCAUCUUCCGAAGACAGAGAUGACAUGCCUAAAGAGUUCACGCAGUUUGCCAGAAAAGUUGAGUCACGAAUGAUUCUUCUGCAGACUGCAAUCGAACUCUUGGCUCGCAGACUUGACGCGCAAGCUACUAGUAGCAACCAAGUUGAACACAAAAGCGUACCAAGCUACCGGGCUGUAAGCGAGCCAUUCAAGAUACCAGAGACAGCACACACGCGUUUGACGGCAUCACUUCAGGGGCUUGUACCCGACCAGCCGGCUCUGAGCAGGAUUCUGCAACACAGUAGCAGGUUCACACAGAAUUGGGCGAGCUGGCCUCUAGCAACGGUGUUACACCAACAGCAAGACGAUGACUCUGCCGCUGUCAACACAGCCACCGUGCUUGAUGCUGGAUUCCCAACAGACCUCAACUCAGCUCUCACGUUCAUUGAGAAGUCACUGUCUCCAAAGCUCCAAAAGCCACCAGACCCUGGCGCUGUCGCAAAAUGUAUAGUGUGGCUCUGCCUCUCUAUCAAGGAGCUACCGAUGAAGUUCAAAUACGCCGACAAUCGUGCACCAGCACCCUUUGAGCCAAUGCUACUUAUUAACAAGUGUAUCGGCAAAGUUGAGUCUCUGUAUCGAAUCAGCUCAACACCGGUCUGCAAUAUCGACUUUGUCCAGGCCCUGCUCCUUCAAGGCGAGCUGUCCCUUGCCAUAGGUUGCCCGACCAAGGCAUGGAAGUGCAUCAGGACUGCCAUUGAGAACUCCAUGCUCCUGGGAGUACACCAGGGCCGAUCUAGCCUGCAUCGAGCCAUUUGGGAAGAGUUGUGGAUUCAAGACCGACAGCUUUCACUCUUCCUCGGAAUGCCUCAUGCAGUCCCCGCGCAACUGGGGCCCAUCGUUUUUCUGGAAAAAUACCCCCUCGCAGAAAAGCAGGCUAUUCGCCAGAUAGCCAUGCUAUCAGGUCUUCUUACAAGCCAAACCCUGAUGAAAGAAGACACCACUAGUGCAACCAUCACACGCACCCUUGAAGAGCUGAAGGAAUUGGACUACAUGAUUCCGGAGCAUUGGACGAGAGGACACCCGAGAUAUGUCUCCCACCUCCCACAGGCCUCCAUCCGUGCCAAAAUCAAGAUCCUCUACCACUCAUUUGAGCUCAUGCUGAACUGGCCCAAAUGCCAACUCUCAAACAUGAACCGUGGGAAAGUUGAGGACUUUGAGCCUGCAAGGAAGGCGAUACUAGCAUCGGCACAGGAGAUCAUAAAGGCGCAAGAAGCCAUGAGAUCCCCGGAGCUCGAGAAGGAAACGGUGGUGAGGGCUGACUUUGUGGAUUUCCUUGCCUUCAAGGCUGCGCUCUUAAUGAUUGCUGUGAUCAAACACAGGGCAAACCCCAUGUCGGAAGAAGAGAGCAGACCUCUCUGGAGAAUGAUAGACGAGCUGGGAGACAGGUUCCAGAAGACGACCAAGGUAUAUGACGAUAUGUUUGCCAAGCAGGCUUGCCUCGUUCUCAGGAUUCUGUUUUGCGCAAACGAAAAGGAUUACAUCUGGUGUGGAGCGUAUGAAGCGGUGAUCCCCUACUUUGGGAGACUUGAGAUUCAGAGAGUCAUCAUCGCGAGGGACUGCAGCAACCCCAGCCAUACUGGGAAAAACCUGGCCAGGAUUGCUGUCGUGAUGGAGUCGGACCAUGUCGUUUUUGGAGCGCGGUUUGAUCGUGUCCCGGAGCUGGAACUCGCAGCGGACUGGACUGAGUUGGGAACUCCAAGGGUCUAUGGAUGGAGAACUUCUUUUGACUUUGAAUGUUUGACUUUUCAAGGGUUUUAG